AUGAUUUUUCUUUUCCUUAUUCUAGGACUAUCUGAAAUUUCAGAUUCAAAGGUAAGCCAGAAAAACACUGAACAAGAUCAUGAGGUUAAAGAAAAUACAAAUAAAUCAUUAAAUUUAAAUAAUUCAACAAAAAAUCAAACUCCGUUAGAAACUAAACCAGAAGACAAAUUGAGUGCAGACCAAAAUACCAAGGAUAACAAAGAAAACGAUAAAUUACCAAGCAAAAAUGAAAAAACAACAGAUAAUAUAAAUAAUGACUCGGAGAAACAACCAGCAAAGCUCAAUGAAAACAAACGAGCGAAGGAACAAGAAAAAGAACUUGAUACUAAAAAAGAAAACACUGAAACAGAAAAGAAAUCUGUUUCUGAAAAUAAAGGUGCUGAAAGUAAGAAAUCAGAUAACACUAAUGAAAAAGAGAAAGAAAACACACACGAAAAAGAUUCCGAAACUCAAAACGAUGAAAAAUUAAAUAAAAAUGACGAUAAAAAGAAUGACGCAUUAAAUGAAGAUAAGAAAGAAGAGAAAUCAAAUACAGAUAAUAAAUCCGAUGCUACAACUAAAGAAGAAUCAUCAGAAAAGAAAGAUGAAAAAUCUGAUGAGAAAAAAGACGCAGAAAAGAUGAAGGAAGAACAAAAAGAUGAUAAAACUGACAAAGACGAAAAGAAAGGAGAAGAAAAGAAGAAUGAUGAAGAAAAUGAAAAGAAAUCUGAGGAAAAGUCCGAAAAAUCAAAGGAAGAAGACAAACCAGAGAAUGAUGAAACCAAGAAAGAAGAAAAACCAUUGAAAGAAGAAGAAAAAGAUAAAAAAUCUGAUGAAUUAAAAGAAGAAGACAAAGAGAAGAAGAAAGAAGAAGCUAGAGAUGAUAAAGAGAACAAAUCCGAUGAAAAACCAAAAGAAGAACCAAAGAAAGAAGAAAAUGAUUCAGAUGAUGAGAAAGAAGAAGACAAAGAUGCCAAGAAAGAACAUAAAGAUGAUAAGAAUGUCAAAGAAGACAAGAAGAAUGUAAAGAAGGAUGAAGAUCAAGAAGAAGAAAAUGAUGAUUACAAAGAAUCAGAAGAAGAGAAGGAAAAACGUCAGAAAGAAGCUUCUAAAAAUGAUAAACAUGACAAACCUCACAAGAAAGAACCUAAAAAGGAAGAGGACGAAGAAGAAGAAUCAGGUGACUACAAAUUAACUGACGCAGAAGAGAAAAAGCAUAAAGAAGAAGAUAAACAUCAUAAACAAGAGAAAAAUGAUAAGAAAGAAACCAAGAAAGAUGAAGAUGAACAAGAAGAAUCAGAUGAUUACAAAGAAAAGAAAGAAGAACAUAAGAAAGAUGAUCACAAUAAUAAAUCCGAGAAGAAAGAUAAGAAAGACAUAAAGAAAGAAGAAGAUGAUCAAGAAGAAUCAGAAGAUAACAAAGAAACAAAAGAUGAAGAGAACGAAAACAAGAAAGAACAUAAGCAAGAUGAAAAAUCCCAUAAAACAAACAAAGAAGGAAAAGAUCACAAAAAAGAUAAAGAAAUUUCAAAGAAAAAUGAUGAAGAACAAGAUGAUGAUGAUGAAGACAAAGUUCCAUUGGUCAAGAAAAACAACUUCAAACGAAAAGAUUCCAAGAAAGAUGACGAAGAUUCAGAAGAUGACGACGAUGACGAAGACGAAAAAGACAAAAAGAAGAAACAACAGCAUCCAAGAGAUCAACUUCCAACAGUCUACAAGAAGAUCACAGGUGGAAACACAGAAGAUGACGACGAUGAAGAAAAAAAGAGAAAAGAAAAAUUGAGUAAAAUAAGUAUCGAUGAUGAUGAAAGCGAAGAAGAUGCUGAAUACAGGAAUGUCAAUGCCAAUGAUAAAGAUUGGGUCUCAUUAAAGGACAGGAACAAGAAAUUACAAAAGAAAGGAACAAAAGAUGAUGAUAAUUAUGAAGACGAAGAUUGGGUCAAACUAAAGGAUAGAAAAACCAAAGAACAAAUGAGAAAGAAGAAGAAUAAAGAUGAUGAUGAAGAUGAAGAAGAUGAGGAUGAAGAAGAGGUAGAAGAAAAGAAGAAAAAUGAAGAGGAAAAGAAGAGAAAACAGAAGAAUAAAGAGGAAGAAGAUCGUAAAAAGAAACAAAAUGAAAAGAAAGAAGAAAAUUUGCAAGAAGAUGAUAAACUUAUCGAAGAAGAACCUCUUAAGAUGAAACCGAAGUUCCUUUCAUUCUUCAGUUUCACUGUUUACAUUAUUAUCUUCAUCGGCCUUGUUUCUGGAUCAAUGGCAAUCAUCUUCAUUCGCAGAAGACCAAAACCAGAUCCAGCUGCCGAUGAACCUUUACUCGUUACUGAUGAAUAUUAUUAA